AUGAGGAAAGGAGUCUACCUCAGCAAAGGAACGGCGGUCACCUUGGCGCUGGUGGGCGUGGCGGCGGCCGCCACCAUCAUCGCCUUGGCUGCGGUCUACGCUGAGGAGAGGUCAAAGAUUGAAGCAACAUCAUCAUCCACAGCAAAGCCGUCUACUACCACCAUCACCUCCACCCCUUCCUUGACCACCACCACCACGGCACCUCCUGGCCCAGAGCAGCCCUGGCAUCGCUACAGGCUGCCCACCUCGCUGGUCCCCAUCUCCUACACAGUCACCCUGUGGCCUCGCCUGGAGCCCCGAUCGGACGGCCUGUUCUUCUUCACCGGGAGCUCCACGGUGAACUUCACCUGCGUCAACAACACGGACCUGAUCCUCCUCCACUCUCACAAGCUCAACCUGAGCAGCUUUGACGGAGACCACCUGGCCCGGCUGCGGGGUCUCCACGGAGCGGAGGCGCCCGCCCUGAGGAAGACCUGGUUGGAGGUCCCCACGCAGUACCUGGUCAUCCAGCUGAGUGGGGAGCUGCGGGCCGGCAGCACGUACAGCCUGUUCACCAGCUUUGAGGGGGAGCUGGCGGACGACCUGGGGGGCUUCUACAGGAGCGAGUAUGUGGAGAACGGAGUGAAAAAGGUCUUGGCCACCACUCAGAUGCAGCCGACGGAUGCCAGGAAAGCUUUCCCGUGCUUCGACGAGCCCGCCAUGAAGGCCGUCUUCACGCUGACGCUCUUUCACCCCCGAGGGACCGUGGCCCUGUCCAACGCCGUCAACAACAGUGAGUCCUGUUUUGUCCCGGCAGAGCCCAUCAACGUCACCAUGGAUGGCGAGCCUUUACUCCAGACCGACUUUAAACCCACGGAGAGAAUGUCCACCUACUUGCUGGCCGUCGUGGUGUGUGACUUUGGAUACGUGGCCUCCCAGCCGGGAGCGGACAUUCUGAUCAGGAUCUGGGCUCGCAAGCAGGCCAUUGAGGAGGGCCAGGGGGACUACGCUCUGGCCAAGACCGGACCAAUCCUAGCGUUCUUUGAGGACUACUACAACUCCUCCUACCCCCUGAAGAAGUCUGACCAGAUCGCUCUGCCGGACUUCAGCGCCGGCGCCAUGGAGAACUGGGGUCUGAUCACCUACAGCGAGAGCGCCCUCCUGUACAACCCCAGCAUGUCGUCCAACGGGGACAAGGAGUGGGUGGCCACGGUCAUCUCUCACGAGCUGGCUCACAUGUGGUUUGGGAACUUGGUGACCACACGCUGGUGGAAUGACUUGUGGCUCAAUGAAGGAUUCGCCACCUACGUGUCCUACCUUGGAGCCCACUACGCGGAACCAUCAUGGAAUAUGAAAGACCUGAUAGUCCUGAACGAGAUCAUCGGCGUGAUGGGCGUGGACGCGCUGGCCUCGUCCCACCCCCUCUCGUCUAAGGAGGAGGACGUCCAGACGCCGGCGCAGAUCAACCAGCUCUUUGACUCCAUCACGUACAGCAAGGGAGCCGCCGUGCUCAGGAUGCUGUCUGAGUUCAUCACAGAGGACGUCUUUUCCAAAGGCCUCCACACGUACUUGGAGGAGUUCAAGUACAACAACACAGUCUACACAGACCUCUGGAAGCACCUGCAAACGGCGGUGGAUGAAGCCGGUCUGACUCUGCCCCACCCAGUGGAGGCCAUCAUGAAUCGCUGGAUCCUCCAGAUGGGCUUCCCCGUGGUCACCAUCGACACCAAGACCGGGACAAUCUCUCAGAAGCACUUCUUGCUGGACCCCGACACCGUGGUGGACAGACCUUCACGGUUCAAGUACGAGUGGUUUGUUCCUGUCACGUGGACAAAGACUGGCGGUGUUGCCCACCAGCACUGGCUUCUUAAGAAGGAAGAAACAAACCCGGACAUGGUUCUUCCGGGUCCUGAUGAGUGGCUGAUGGCCAACAUAGACAUGGCGGGCUUCUACAGGGUCAACUACGACCUUCGGAACUGGGAGCGUCUCCUGGCCAAGCUGGACUUGCAGCAUCAGGAUAUUCCGGUCAUCAACCGAGCGCAGAUCAUCGACGACGCUUUUAACCUGGCCAGAGCGAAGAUGGUGAGCUUAACUCUGGCCCUGAGCACCACCAAGUUCCUGCAGAAGGAAGUGGAGUACCUGCCCUGGCAGACGGCCAGUAACAACCUGGACUACUUCUACCUCAUGUUUGACCGCAGCGACGUCUACGGACCCAUGCAGGCGUACAUCAAGAAGCAAGUCGCUCCCUUGUUCGAGUACUUCAAGGAGGUGACGGCCAACUGGACCAAAGUCCCUGACAAGCACACGGACCAGUACAACCAGGUGAACGCCAUCUCCUUGGCCUGCAGCAGUGGAGUCAAACCCUGUCGAGAGCUCGUCACCGGCUGGUUCUCGGACUGGAUGAGGAACGGCACCAACGUGUAUGUAAACGCUCGCCAUCCCAACCUGAGGUCCACGGUGUACUGCGGCGCCGUGGCGGCGGGUGGCGUGGAGGAGUGGGACUUUGCCUGGACCAGGUUCAAGAACGCCACCAUCGCCUCAGAGGCCAACAAGCUCAUGUGGGCGCUGGCCUGCACUAGAGAACCCUGGCUGCUCAACAGGUAUCUGGAGUACAGUCUAGACGCAGGAAAGAUCCGUAAGCAGGAUGCCACUGACGUCAUCGCUUCCAUCGCCGGCAACGCCGUCGGACAGCCGCUGGCCUGGGACUUUGUCAGAAGCAACUGGGACUACUUGUACAACGAUUACGGCGGCGGAUCGUUCUCCUUCAGCAGCCUCAUUUCCGGCGUGACCCGACGCUUCUCCACCGAGUUUGAGUACAAGCAGCUGCUGGACUUCAAAGAGGAGCACGCGGGACAGUUGGGCUCGGCCAGCGCCGCCGUGGAGCAGGCGCUGGAGAGGACCAGGACCAACAUGAAGUGGGUGGCUCAGAACAAGAAAGACGUGCUGGAGUGGUUCACCCAUCAGACCUCAAACUCGCCACAAUCUCCCGCUUAGCUUGUCCUCCAUUUCCCCUGCUGACACGUUCACACAAUAUAUAAAAAACACAAAAGAAGAA